GUGGCGCAACUGGCGCAGUGGUGCGCCGCGAGUGACAGGUAACGCGACACGGUCCGUGCUCGAGCGCCGCAGCACAUCAUCCCCGGGGUGUCCGCGCGCGGAUUUCGCGCGAGUGAAUAGAAUGCUCGUUCCCAUCUGAGAGACAGAAAGCGGUGGAGAUAGAGAAGGAGAGGAACGAAAGUGUAUAAACGUCGUGCGUGCGGUGCGUCGUGUGGUGUACGCGCGAAGAGAAGAGAGCCGAGAUAGCGGGGCGAAAGAUAGGGGAGAGAGCGGCGCGGCAAAACCCGCCACUGUACCCGGCGCCGGUGCGGGAUGAUCAAGGAUAUGGCGGACGAUGAGGCCAUACAGGCCACCAACGACGACGCGAGCGAGUGCAAGCGUUACGCGGUGCAGCUCGGCUACUGGUGCGACCCGUUCAUCAGCCUGCUCGUCAAGCAGACCGCGAGGAAGCAGCCCGAGAUCAAUCGCGGCUACUACGCCAGAGUCAAGGGCAUCGAGCUCUUCGUCGACAAGUUCCUCAAGCUGUCUGGCGGUAAAGGUCAGAUCAUAAACUUGGGUGCUGGUUUUGACACUCUUUAUUGGAGACUCAGGGAGGCGGGGAAUAGCCCUGCGAACUUCAUGGAGCUCGACUUUCCCAGCAUAACCGCGAAGAAAUGUUAUCACAUCAAGAAGCACAAGCAAUUAAUCGAUAUGCUAAACACCGAAGACGGAGAAAUCCGAUUUUCGACCACAGACCUGCACGCCGCGAAUUAUCAUCUGGUUGGUACAGAUCUGCGACACAUAGCGGAGCUAAAUAGCAAAUUGGCCCAAGCCGAAGUCAAUUUCAAUUUACCCACUAUGUUCCUCGCAGAAUGUGUUCUAGUAUACGUAGACGCUAGCGCGACCUCGUCACUAUUGAAAUGGCUAGCGGGCAAGUUCCCGAACAGCCUCUUCGUCAGCUACGAACAAGUGAACAUGAAGGACAAGUUCGGCCAGGUCAUGUUGUCGAAUCUCCGCAGCCGUGGGUGCUUAUUGGCGGGCGUGGAGGAUUGCGAGUCGUUAGAGACUCAACAGAGGCGCUUUACCAUAAACAAUUGGGAGGGCACGAGCGCGUGGACGAUGGUGGAUGUUUAUGAUUCACUGCCUGUAAUGGAUCGUAGUCGGAUCGAGCACAUAGAGAUGCUGGACGAACGAGAGCUCCUCACCCAGCUACUCCAGCACUACUGCAUCGCCGUCGCUUGGAACGGACAAACAUUUAAAAAUCUGUCUAUAGCACAGGGUUAGGUGUAUCACCGCCUAACUCCUUCUCUCUAUGUCUCUCUCGCGAGUUACUCCAGGUAAUGACGUCAUAUAAUUCGGGCUCGACGAGCCCACGUAAGUUACGUAAUGCCCCGAUCGACAGCAGAUUAACUUUCUCAGAUUGCGCUUAAGUACAUCCCCGAUUAAUCGACGAGUUGAAAUAGUCUACGUUGCGAGGAAGUAGUAUCUUCGAAUUAAAAUGCUUUUAACUUUUCGCCUACGGAAAUAUUGUAAUAAUUUUUUUUAUAUAUAUAUAAACUUCGAGUAUAUUCUUCGUUCUUCGCCGAGUGCGUCUUGUAUAUGUCGCGAGUUGUUUAACGAGCGCUGCAAAGAGAAAGAGAUUGCGAUCGCGAUGAUCGAAUCGCGUGAGAUUCGUAUGCGACUAGCUGGCUAUGCGAACGGACAACACAAGUUCUUGCAUCCUUUCGCAGACGAUAUUUCCAGUCAUCCUAAUUUUUACGUGCAACAUAUCUGAAUUAUGUGUUAAUGUAUAACGAUUCUACCCUGCAAAGAUCGUCUCGCUCUUCAUUGCAGAUUUAUGUAUAAAGUUUUACGGUCGUUAUUAUAAUUAUAGAUUGCUAUUGUUAUAUAGAGUCGUGGCCAAAGGGCGCGACGCGGUGCGCAGAGUAAUUUAUUAUAUUGCGAGAUAUCAUUGAGGAUCAUACCAUUCAACUCAUUACGUUUUUACCACCUUGCUUGUUAUCCGAGUAUUAUGAUUUCUUUAUUUUAAUAAGUGGAAGUCGUAGAGUUCGUGUUGAUUGCGAAGGAUAUAAUUUUCGUACAUACAAAGAUCCGCAAAAUCCGCUCUUUUUAUCUGCAUUCUUCUACGAUUUUCGCUGAAAACAUUUCGCAUAAACUGGAAACGCGUUCUCGCGCAUGCAAGUAGUAAAAUGUUGGGAAGACGUGUAGAAGGGUACAACUAAAAAUACGCGGAUCUAUAUUUUUAAUCUUUCACCGCAAAUAUAAAGCUAUUUUUCUGG